GAAGUUGAGGUACCAGAACAACCAACUGAUGAAAUCCUUUUGAUCGACCCGCAAAACUUUCAAUAUGAAGAUAUUCCCGAAGAUGCGACAGAUGAAGCACGUGAAGACGAGUUCGAGAGAAGCGACGAUGAUGAUUGUAAUGAUAGUGAUGAGAACGAAAACGAUUUAGAGUGAUGUAAUAUAUGUAUCAAAUGUUGGAUUUCUCUAUUGUAAUAUUUUCUAAAAGAAAGAGUAAGAAGUAGUAUGAUAUAAGAUAUGAUGUUAGAUGAUAUGUCACUUUGGGGUUUAGGGAUUUCAUUCUCGGUGUUUAGGGUUAAGCGUCGUAAUUUCGUCGUAAAUGGAAAAACGCGGGCCUGGUAAUUUCGUCGUAACUCGAAAAACACGGGCCUGGUAAUUUCGUCGUAAAUUAAAAAACACGGGCCUGGUAAAUUCGUCGUAAAUGGAAAAACGCGGGCCUGGUAAUUUCGUCGUAAAUUUACGUCGAUUUUACGACGAAUCCUAAUCUAUAUAAGGGGACGCCGAGAGCGAGGCUGCCUCGCUCAUUCCUCCCAAAUUCCUUUGCUCUCUCUAAGAUGGCUCCUAGAAGAAAAUCCAGAGCACCUAGUUAUAGAGAUUUGUUUGGCGACGAUGGUUCCGGUACAUCUUCUUCCGGUCCAUCGUCUUCUGGUCCAUCAUCCUCCACCGCAGUUCCAGACUCUCAGCCUUCUCAGAGAGUUGCUUGGAGUCCUCCUCCACCGCAGAUGCCUCCACCGCAAAUGCCUCCACCGCAUAUGCCUCCACCUCCUCCUCCAGCGGCUGCACCUGAGCCUGUCCCAGAAGGUGCAGUUCAUCCGGAUUUGCGUGUGCCUUCAUAUGCCCCAUUCGCGAGAUAUACGGUAGAGGAUUUGCUUGCCCAGCCCGGACGAGAGGGUUUGGAUGUUCUAGACCCCGAUAGACCCCGAGGAACUUAUUGGUAAGUUAUUAAUUUUUAUUACAUAAAAAUUUAAAAUAUUUUUAUUUUCUAACGGUUAAAUUGUUUUCCUUUCAGGUUUGGGGCUAAUAACCGUGUUGGCCGGAGCGUUUCGAAAACGAUUAAGGGUUACUACGACGGGGCAUAUCCGAACUGGAGCAAGACUCCAAAUCACGUUAAGAUCACGUGGUUUAAAAUGUUUGCGGUAAGAUUUUUAAAUUUAAUUAAAUUUUAACUUUUAAAUAUGUAUAUAUUUUUUAAAUAUUAUUAUUAAUUGUAAUUUUUUCAAAUUUUUUGUGUUUCAGCAAAAGUGGCAUUGGUCUUUGGGAAUCACCGAGAUGGUGAAGGCGGAAUUCG